AUGAUCACAGUUACUGUUUCCACGCUGACUCUAACAUCUUCUGCGUCUGCUUCAAAGACUAAUGUAACGGUUGUUGGAAGUACCAUUACUAGAACGCUGCCGUGGUCAACAGGGUCAUCAGCUCUUUCUGGUACCGUCAUCUCGCCAUCGCCAUCAUCGUCCGCGAAUCACACAAGUGGUAACACGACCCGGAUGGUCACGACUAUUGUUGAAACAAUAUCUGGGCCAACAACCAGCACCGGGCCGCAAUGGACUAAUACCACUACCGUCGCGACGGAUCAUGAGUCCAGUCACACGGGCAGCGUUAUCGUCACGACGCUCUACCCGAACAGCACCACUGCAACUCCUCCCUGCACUCAUUCAUGGGUAUACCCAUAUCCCAACAUCAGUGACAGCACAACCACCUGCACCCGCUUCCCAAGCGGAAACACGACGCUCACUCGAUGCUGGGCUAUGCCAUUGACAACAGGCGCGCCAGAGUCUUCGCUUCGGCCAACCCCGUUGUAUACAUCCACUUGCAACACGACAGGCACAGCGAAUGGCACAUAUGCAAACGCAACAGUUGCUUAUACUCGAACCCAUACUUACCCUUAUCCGCUCCCGACAACAUUUGAGACUUCAACUACAUCAAAGGAUCAUGAGUCCGGCUCCAAGGGAUUUGCCUACCCCGUGCCCACAGUGGCGAUCCCAUCAGAAGAGACAAUGCCGCGCAACCCAAACUAUCCUUGGGGAGCAGGUUCGCCACUGCAUCGUCACCAGAAUGUGACUGGUCUGGGUGACGGCAUCCUCGGCGGCAGGAGUGUUCUCGUCGACUGGGGCAAGACGGCCGUGCAUCGCCUCAAGGCGCUUUUCAAGAAGCACGUUGAUGAAGACGAACAAGGUGGAGAAGAAGAAGAGUAAUAGUGAAAAAGGAGAGUUGACUUUGGAGUGUUUACUUUUUUGAAGUCUGACUGUACCUUGGUUGUAUUACUCUAUAAUCCUGUUGGAUGCGAAGAAACGGGGCGAUUUGGGUUGAUUUGAUAUAUGGGACUGUUGGAACGAUAAUCAUCAUAUUUGCUUUUUUUCUUCUCUUUUUUUUUUAAUGGGAAAGUUUUCAAGGUUGGGUCCUUACAAGGUAUAGGGGAUUAUUUAUGGAAAGGGGGCAUGGAAUGGCAUAGUAUUGCAAUCUUAGGAGAGCCAUGGUAGAUGGCGACUCGUGGAUGUUUGCUGU